UACCAGUCACUUGGGCUCAGGACCUUCUAAGGGGAUGUCUGGUUCGCUUGUCCGCUGCUUCUCCGAUGCCCUGGACGGGCUGAGCUCUGCGCAGCUCCGGCGCUUCCGCAGCGGGCUGGCGGAGGGAGGGAGCGGGGGAGGGAGCGCUCCGGGCUGGGAUCCGGUGCCUCUGGGGCGGGUAGAGGCGGCGAGCGACCCGCAGGACCUGGCCCGGCUUAUCCUCAGCUUCUAUCCCGAGAGAGAAGCAGUCAAAAUCGUCCUGGAAUUGCUGGAGGGGAUACCCGAGAGGAGAGGGGCCGAACGGCUACGAGCGAAGGUCGCAGCGCUGCUGCCUGGAGAUGAGGUUCAGUCGGUCGCCAAGGGAGCAAGUGGAACUGAAAAGGUUCAGUCGGUCGCAAGGGGAGCAAGUGGAACUGAAGUGCACCCGUUAGACCAGUACCACCGUGCGAUUAUUAGCCGUUUCCAUUCUGCGCUGGCCGUGAUGGACGGCCUCCUGUCGGACGGCACACUGACAGGGGAGCAGUACGAGGAGGUCCGCUCCGCUGCCACGCGGGCUGAACGGAACCGGGCGCUGCUGGGCAUCGUCGGCUCCAAGGGGCGGCGCGCCAAGGACCGGCUCUGGCGGGAGAUGCAGCUGGAGGACGAGGCGUUCACCCUUGGUCUCGCCGACCAGUGACCACAAUCGCCAACCAAUGACCCAUCUCGCGGCCACCAUGGAACGCCAACAAGCCACCUCAACACCAAUAAGCAAAAACUCAACACCAACUUUCCAUUAGUCAUGAAGGCUUGACAUCGUACAUAGAGUGAUACAACGUGGAAACAGGCCCUUCCUUGGGCCCAACUUGCCCACACCGGCUAACAUGCCCCAACUACACUCAUCUCACAUGCCCGCGUUUGGCCCAUAUCCCUCCAAACCCGUCCCAUCCAUGUACCUGUCCAAUUGUCUCUUAAAAGUUGCCUCAACUACCUCCUACGACAGCUCGUUUCAUACACCCACCUGUGUGGAAAAGUUGCCCCUCAAGUUCCUAUUAAAUCUUUACCCCUUCACCUUAAACCUACAUCCUCUGGUCCUCGACUCCCCAACUCUGGGCAAGAGACUCUGUGCAUCUGCCCGAUCUAUUCCCCUUGUGAUGUUGUACACUUCUAUAAGAUCACCCCUCAUCCUCCUGCGCUCCAAGGAAUAUAGUCUCAACCUGCCCCAACCUCUCCCUGGAGCUCAGGCCCCUCGGGUCCUGGCAACAUCCUUGUAAAUCUUUGCCGCCUUUCCAGCUUGGCAACAUUAAAAGUAGAAACAGACAAUAGUCGCAGGAGUAGGCCUUUCAAGCCAGCAUCGCCAUUCAAUAUGAUCAUGGCUGAUCAUCCAGAAUCAGUACCCCAUUCCUGUUUUCUCCCCAUAUUCCUUGAUUCCUUUGGCCCUUAGAGCUAAAUCUAACUCACUCUUGAAAACAUCCAGUGAAUUGGCCUCCACUGCCUUCUGUGGCAGAGAAUCCCACAGAUUCACAACUCUCUGGGUGGAAAAGUUUCUCCUCAUCUCAGUCCUAAAUGGCCUACCCCUUAUUCUUAAAUUGGGAGUGGCCCCUGGAACUCGACUCCCCAACAUAGGGAACAUUUUUCCUGCGCGUGUCCAAUCCCUUGAGAAUUUUAAAAGUUUCCCUCUAAUCUGAGUCAUUCGUAACUUUCACUGCAUGUCAUGUUGUUACUUGUGGGCGGAGCACCAAGGCAAAUUCCUUGUAUGUGAAUACUGGGCCAAUAAGCUUACUUACUAAUCCUUCUAAAUUCCACUGUAUACAAGUCCAGUCGCUCCAGUCUUUUAAUAUAUGACAGUCCCGCCAUCCCAGGAAUUAACCGGGUGAACCUACGCUGCACUCCCUCAAUAGCAAGAAUGUUGUUCCUCAAAUUAGGAGACCAAAAGUGCACACAAUACUCCAGGUAUGGUCUCACUAGGGUCCUGUACAACUGCAGUAGAAGAAUACUCAUCUCUUGUUAUGAAGGCCAACAUGCCAUUAGCUUUCUUCACUGCCUGGUGUACCUGCAUGCUUACUUUCAGUGAAUGAUGUACAAGGAAACCCAGGUCUCGUUGUGCUUCCCCUUCUCCUAAUCUGACACCAUUCAGAGUCUGAAGAAGGGUGUCGGCCCAAAACAUCACCCAUUCAUUCCCUCCAGAGAUGCUGCCUGUUCCGUUGAGUUACUCCAGCUUUUUGUGUGUACCUUUGGUUUAAACUAGCUUCCGCAUUUCCUUCCUCGCCAUUCAGAUUACAAUCCACCUUUUUCUUCUUGCCAACAAAGUGGAUAACCUGACAUUUAUCCAUAUUAAACUGCAUCUGCCAUGCAUCUGCCCACUUACCCAACCCAUCCAAGUUACCCUGUAGCCUCAUAGCAUCCUCAUCGCAGCUCACACUGCUGCCAAGCUUUGGUCAUCCGCAAACUUGGAGAUGUUUUUAGAUGUUUCUACCCUCAACUUCAUCUCAUCCUUCUAAAUUCCUGUGAAUACAAAGCCCAUUCUUUCAUCAUACAGUGCCUUCAGAAAGUAUUCAGACCUUCACUUUUUCCACAUGUUGUUACGUUACAGCCUUAUUCUAAAAUGGAUUUAAUUCAUUUUUUUAAAUCAUCAAUUUACACACAAUACCCAAUAAUAAAAAGCGAAAAAGGUGUUUAGAAAUGUUUGCAAAGUAAUUAAAAAGAAAUAACUGAAAUAUCACAUUUUCAUAAGUAUUCAGACCCUUUACUCAGUACUUUGUUGAGGGACCUUUGGCAAUGAUUACAGCCUCAAGUCUUCUUGGGUAUGAUGCUACAAGCUUGCCGCACCUGCAUUUGGGUAAUUUCUCCCAUUCUUCUCUGCAGAUCCUCUCAAGCUCUGUCAGGUUGGAUGGGGAGCGUCGAUGCACAGCUAUUUUCAUGUCCUUCCAGAUAUGUUCGAUCGAGUUCAAGUUCCGGCUCUGGCUGGGCCACUCAAGGACAUUCACAGACUUGUCACAAAGCCACUCCUGCAUUGUCUUGGCUGUGGGCUUAGGGUCAUUGUCCUGUUGGAAGAUGAACCUCCGCCCAAGUCUGAGGUCCAGUACGCUCUGGAGCAGCUUUUCAUCAAGGGUCUCUCUGUACUUUGCUCCAUUCAUCUUUUCCUCGAUCCUGACUUGUCUCCCAGUUCCUGCCACUGUAAAACAUCCCCACAGCCAUGCUUCACCGUAGGUAUGGUAUUGACCAGGUGAUGAGCAGUGCCUGGUUUCCUCCAGACGUGACACUUGGCAUUCAGGCCAAAGAGUUCAAUCUUGGUUUCAUUAGACCAGAGAAUCUUGUUUCUCAUGCCUGUUUGCAAACUCCAAGCGGGCUGUCAUGUGCCUUUGACUGAGGAGUGGCUUCCGUCUGGCCACUCUACCAUAAAGGCCUGAUUGGUGGAGUGCUGCAGAUAUAGUUGUCCUUCUGGAAGGUGCUCCCAUCUCCACAGAAGAAUUCUGGAACUCUGUCAGAGUGACCAUCGGGUUCUUGUUCACCUCCCUGACCAAGGCCCUUCUCCUCCGAUUGCUCAGUUUAGCCGGGUGGCCAGCUCUAUGAAGAGUCCUGGUGGUUCUAAAGUUCUUCCAUUUAAGAAUGACGGAGGCCACUGUGCUCUUCGGGACCUGCAAUGUUGCAGAGAUUGUUUUUUACCCUUCCCUGGAUCUGUGUCUCGACAUAAUUCUGUCUCGGAGGUCAACAGACAAUUCCUUCAUCUUCAUGGCUUGGUUUUUGCUCGGACAUGCACUGGCAACUGUGGGACCUUAUAUAGACAGGUGUGUGCCUUUCUGAAUAAUGUCCAAUCAAUUUAAUUUACCACGGGUGGACUCCAAUCAAUUUGUAGAAACAUCUCAAGGAUAAUCAAUGGAAACAGGAUGCACCGAAGCUCAAUUUUGAGUGUCAUAGUGACGGGUCUGAUUACUUAUGUAAAUGUGAUAUUUCACUUAUUUCUUUUACAUAAGUAUUCAGACCCUCUACUUAGUACUUUGUUGAGACACCUUUGGCAGCUAUUUCUAAACACCCGCAAAAAUGUCUAAACACCUGUUUUGUGCUUCUUUCUGGGGUAUUGUGUGUAGAUUGAUGAUAAAUAAAAUGAAUGCAUUUUAAAAUGAGGCUGUAACGCAACAAAACGUGGAAAAAGUGAAGGGGUGUGAAUACUUUCUGAAUGCACUGUAACUCAGGUAUCUGCCACUAUAUAACCAAAUAACAAUUACAGCACGGAAACAGGCCAACUCGGCCCUUCUAGUCCAUACCGAACACUUAUUCUCCCCUAGUCCCAUCUACCUGCACUCAGACCAUAACCCUCCGUUCCUUUCCCAUCCAUAUACCUAUCCAAUUUAUUUUUAAAUGAUAAAAUCGAACCUGCCUCCACCACUUCCACUGGAAGCUCAUUCCACACCGCUACCACUCUCUGAGUAAAACAGUUUCCCAUCUUGUUACCCCUAAACUUCUGUCCCUUAAUUCUCAAGUCAUGUCCUCUUGUUUGAAUCUUCCCUACUCUCAAUGGGAAAAGCUUAUCCAUGUCAACUCUGUCUGUCCCUCUCAUCAUUUUAAAGACCUCUAUGAAGUCUCCCCUUAACCUUCUGCGCUGCAAAUAAUAAAGACCUAAUUUGUUCAACCUUUCUCUGUAACUUAGUUGCUGAAACCCAGGCAAAAUUCUAGUAAAUCUCCUCUGUACUCUCUAUUUUGUUGCAUCCUUCCUAUAAUUAGGCGACCAAAACUGUACACCAUACUCCAGAAUUGGCCUCACCAAUGCCUUGUACAAUUUUAACAUUACAUCCCAACUUCUAUACUCAAUGCUCUGAUUUAUAAAGGCCAGCACACUAAAAGCUUUCUUUACCACCCUAUCUACUUGAGAUUCCACCUUCAGGGAACUGUGAACAGUUAUUCCUAGAUCCCUCUGUUCAACUGCAUUUCUCAAUUCACUACCAUUUACCAUGUACGUCCUAUUUUGAUUUGUCCUGCCAAGAUGUAGCACCUCACACUUAUCAGCAUUAAACUCCAUCUGCCAUCUUUCAGCCCACUCUUCCAAAUGGCCUAAAUCUCUCUGUAGACUUUGAAAUAUACUUAAUUAUCCACAACACCACCUAUCUUAGUAUCAUCUGCAUACUUACUAAUCCAAUUUACCACACCCACAUUCAGAUCAUUGAUGUACAUGACAAACAACAGUGGACCCAACACAGAUCCCUGAUGCACCCCACUAGUCACCGGCCUCCAACCUGACAAACAGUCAUCCACCAUGACUCUGGCAUCUCCCAUUCAGCCACUGUUGAAUCCAUCUUGCUACUCCACCAUUAAUACCCAACAAUUGAACCUUCUUAACCAACCUUCCAUGAGGAACCUUGUCAAAGGCCUUACUGAAGUCCAUAUAUACAACAUCCACUGCUUUACCCUCGUCAAUUUCCCGAGUAACCUCUUCAAAAAAUUACAGAACUAUUCCAUCUCGCUUAAGUCAAUCUUGUGGACUGUUCCUAGAUAUGAAAUGCUUCCAAUCCCAGACAAAUCCCACUGCCUGCAAAUCUGUGAAGUUGGCAAGGUGAUGAUUGUAAUAAAAUGUUAAUAAUAAAAGAUUUCUAUCAAUC